GGAGGAAUAACUCGAUCCUCUAAGUAUUUAAUGACUUACAUUAUGUUCAAAUUGGUCUGUCAUGCAUUUCCUGUACGAAAUUUUUCUAUUCGUUGACUUUUUUUUUUUUAUAACCGUAGUGUUAUCCCAAAGGCUUUCUAGGUCCAAUGACUAAUCACUACGAAGCCCGCAGCAUCCGUGUUUUCUUACCAUUUAAGGCGUCCCGGAUGGCCAACGAGAAUCGAAUCCAUGGCGGUACUCACAGCUGUGAGCCCUUUACCACUAGGCCAAGACCAAUUGAUUAUUUGUUGACAUUUUGCAAACAAGUAGUUUUAUUAUUAAUACUAUAAUAAGGCUGCCAUAUUAUAAUAUCAAUCUUUGAUAAUUUUAAUUAAGACUGAAUUUCAAGAUCGAUGUUUCUAGUUUUAAAAGAAAAGAAAAAUUUAAUAAAUUUGGAAUAUGAAAAAAAAGCUGAUAUGUAUAUGCAUUUUCUAAUUUGUUUGGAAUCUAACACUCUUAAACGAUCUGGUGAAACUUAAAAUAGUACUAGCUACGGAUCUGCGCUGUGCGCGGAUAUUGUUCUCCCUAAAUUUAAUUUAUAUUUAGUGUUAUAUAAUAUAUGUAUAUAAAAUAUAUAUGUAAUUGACAUCUAUAUAAUAUAAUUUAUAAAUAUUUUGAAUUGUGAUGGUGUACUAAAAUAUGUCGUUCAUGGUGUUGUUUUUCUCUGUGCACAAAUUUCCAAUGUUGUACCUGAUGUAUUUUUUUUCUUUUAAUUUUAGAUGUUUUGUUGGUAAUGCUAUAGUUGACUAUAGAUGAGUAGUAUCGAUUUAUGAAACUAUGUUAACUGAUUAAUAUGAGGUCUUUCUAAUUAUUUUGGAUGUACAGAGAACUAAAAUAUUUGGCCCAAACAUUAUAUGGAUUUAAUUAUAAGAUAAUAAGGAUGGGUUAAUAAAUUCCUUUAUGGAUCAAGCCCAAUAAUUAACAGAAUACAAUUUAAUAUAUAAACAUCUAAUCUGUUUAGGCCCAAACGUGUAACAGAAUUUAGUCCGGGAAAAAAAUGUGUAAAGUGAACUACUUUUGUUUAACUAAAGAUUUUUUUUGUCUGUGUAAAGUUCGAGAACCUAUCUUCUAUUUUUUCUAUUUUCUCUCUGUUCUUCGAUUACCUUCUAAUUUCUACCGAAAUAAUCUAUGAAUCAACCUUUUCACCAGGAAUUUUGUUUUUAUCAAGACAAAGAUGAGGUUUAAUCUAUCAAUAGGAGGAAAAUCAAAGAUAUACAAUUCCUGGUAGAUCAGACGGUGAAUUGAGAGAUGGAGUAUUAGAAAAGGUGUCACAGUUUUUACAAACGACCAGAAGCAAUAUCAAUCUGGGAUAUUCGCAACAACGAUGUCAUUCAUCAAGUACAUCGUUUUUAAGAAAAGAUAAGUUUCUUGACCUUAUUGAAACCUAAAUUAAUGUUGGUUUUCCAAAAAUAUCCAAUCUGUUGUUCUUUGUACUGCCUUUUUGUGUCAAUUAAAUUAUAUUUUUCUUGUCUUGAUCUUAUUUUUCCUUUGUUGUCUGGUAACUGAUAUUUGUUUUGUUCAGUUAAAGCUAACAUAUGAUAAUAUAUAUAUUCAUUAGGUAAUUCGCAAGGACAGGAUAAAAAAAAACAAGGGAAAACAUAGCAUUGGAACAGCUCAAAAGAAAACAAUUUCAGAGAACAAAGGAUGUAUAUGGAUUUGACGAUACAAUUUUGGGAAAGGUUUACAAAAGGGAGUCGAACUACAGCUUAUUACAAGCACAACCUGGAUAUCUCCAAUAUCAAUUGCUUGACCAAUAACAUCUACAACCAUAUUAUUAAAAAAAUUGAAGAUUAGGGAUGUCUCAACCGAAGCCUAUAAGGGAGGAAUUGGUGACGUUGGAGUUACUUAUGAUGGACAUCUUGUACUUAUGACUCGUCGCUCGAUACUUUCCAGCAGAUGCAGUCAGUAAGAAAUUCUCAAUGAAUCUUCAUUGUCCAACCUGAAGUUUUUUAACACGACCAUAGAAGAGUCUCUUGCAGUAUGAACUGAAGAGAGUCUCCACCAGAAUAAGAUGAAUGUUGUGUCCAUGAAUGCAGAACUUUCACUUCAACCUUCCAUGUUGUUUUGAAUGGUUUGACAUCGUUCAACAAAGUGAUCGGGUCCGAGGUUUCUCUAAAUAUAACAGAAAAGAAAGUGAUUUCAAAAACAAUUUGAAUAGAAGCAAAUAUGAUAAAACAUAUUCAUGUUCUUUGUGUGAUUAUGAUGUUUGUAAGAGCAAAGAAUCAAUCAACUUAGAGCCAAGUUAUAUCUAUACGAAAGUGAGGUCCGAAAAGUGUUAUUGUUGCUAAUCUAAUUGGAGGUAACAAUCGGUAUGAAAUUAUCUUAGAUUAAAAGUUGGUUUAAUUUUAGUUGGCCGGUUUUAUUGACUUAGUAUUGUGUAAUAUAAUUAUAUUGGUAUUGUUUCAAAAUGGCAACUUGGUUUAAAUUAAGUUGUAAGUUAAGUUGAUAUAUUCAAGGAACCAAACACAUUUACAUGUCCAAACACGUGCUAUUCUAAAGGAAGUCCAAAUUUAAAUGACAACUUGUAAAUGGUAGAUAAAAAUUAGGACUCUAAAUUAAUAGAUUAGAUGCAAGGGAAUGCUUAUGUACUAAUCAACUUAUACCCAAUACAAUUUCAGCUCGGUUUGUAUGAAGUCUGAAACGGAUACACAAAGUGAAACGUUUUAUCAUCUUAGAGCAUGAUUAUUGAUGGGUUUUUAGGGUGGGGUUCUUAGCGGAAUAUAAGAAUCCGUCUCUUAACUUUUAACUAAAAAAGCUAAGAACCAUCUCUUAAAGGUCUAGUCUUAAAUAUGGUUUCCAAAUCAGUUGCAGUGCGAUCCGAAUUUCGAGAAAUAGUUGAAAAAGGAAAAUGUCCAAAUACAGACUCUCAUUUGUGACGGAUGACGCCAUUGAACAUGAAUGGAGUGUUUCCUAAUGUUCUAUGUUAAUUGUGAAUGCAUUGCAUUUAUUUACUUAGAAGAAAGUGAACAACUAUCUGUAACGACCCAAUUCCCAGCCCAGUGAUUUCGGCCCGUCAGAGCCCGUCAGUUGCAGGAAGCCCUUGAGACUGAGCCGUCACUCAAACCUGAGAUCGUACCGCCGCCACCACCACGUCCAGAGCCGAGAUCGACCAGUUCACCGCCGAUCCCAGACGAAGACCACCAUCGUGAUCGUGACGUCGAGACGAGUCGGGACCAAGAAGAUCAGCCGGAAAGUCGCCCGGACGCGCCGUCAAGCGCGGCAUUUCUCCCGCGUCGUUCCGCGCGUGUGGCACACGCGCCGCCGCCGUCCUCCACACGUUCCGCGCGUGGAUCUCACGCGCCACCACCACGCACCGUGUUCAGUCGCCGCCGUUGAUUCUGAUUUGGAGUCUGUUUGAGCAGUUGGAGUUCAUAGCUAUUACCUUUCCACGUUGCUAAGAUGCCGCCAAAAAGAGGAACUAAGCGUACUCGCACCGUCAGGGUCAGAGCUGAUGCUCGUGAAGUUGUGGAUGAUCAGGGUGCUACAGGAGGUGUUCAGGCAGAGGGUGUGCAGCCUGCAGCCCCACCAUUUGAUCAGGCUGCACUCAUGCAGAUGGUUCAGCAGGCAGCUACCCAGGCUGCUAUUCAGCAGGUUACGCAGGAAGCUGCUCGUGUAGCUGCACAAGAAGCUGCCCAUGUAGCAGCACAAGAGGUUGCCCGUCAGUUGGCUGCUGGCCAGCAGAUUCCACCGCAGCAGAUUCCACCGCAGCAGAUUCCACCUCAGCAGAUUCCACCUCAGGUUCCUGUGCAGGGGGUUCCAGAACAACAACUUCCUCAGGGUUUACAGCAACCACCACUACCACCACCUCCACCUUUACCGGUUUACCGUGUUUAUGAUGAGAGGUUUUACAGACUUACGACUCAGAUGCGGAACAUGGAUAUGGAGCAUUUUGGGGGAACAGUGGAUGCUACAGUUGCAUAUGAUUGGAAGCUUGGUCUGCAACGGAAAUUGGAGAUUAUUGAGUGUCCACCAGAGGUUUCACUUAGGUUGGCUAUGCAGUACCUACGUGGAGAUGCACUUGUGUGGUGGGAGGGAGUACGAUUGGGCCAUCGUGGGCCUGAUCCGCUUACCUUUGCAGAUUUUAUUCGGGAGUUCGAUAGGAAGUACUUUCCAAAAGAAGCUAUGGAUAAGAAGAAGAGUGACUUCGAGCAUGUGAGCCAGGGUGGCAUGACAAUCAGGGAGUAUGAGGUUGAGUUCAACCGACUUCGCAGGUUUGCAGGAGGUGGUAUUACUAAGGAAGACCUGAUUAGGAAGUUUUUGGGUGGGAUGCGAGUCGAAAUUCGCAACAGAUGUCGUGUCGUCACUUACCACAGAUUGGGAGAUUUGGUGGAGAAAGCUGCUGAGCAGGAAACAGGUUUGGCAGAGGAAUAGAAGCUCCUCAAGUCAUCUCAGAGUAAGUCUGGAAAGACUGAUGAGUCUCACAGGAGGACCAGAGACCAGUUGGAGGCACUGUAUUGUGCUCGUUGUCGUCGUCA